AUGCUGGCCUCCGGUCUCCUGCCAGUCCCCGGCCCUAGCCUCCGGCACCCUGCCGGCCUUGGCUCACUAGCCCUCGUUGGCAGUUUUUCCUUGCGGCCGCCACCACUGAGCCCGCUGCCUGCACUUGCCUCCCUACGAUCGUUGCUUCCUGGUGCUGUCGCUGCUGCAGCUCUCGACACCCGCACUCAGCCCCCGACCCGCCUUCUCGUCACUGCUGCAGCUCCUGGCCCCCGCGUGCAGCACCGCUGUUGGAAGGGUUGCUCCUUUGUUUGUGUUGCUUUACUGUUUGUGGGCGUGACUCCUUGGAGUUUGCAAGCAAUUUUCCAAGUGGUUCUUGGGCUUGCUUCUGAGGUUAACACAGUUAAUGGUUUGAAGUUGGAAGGUUUUGUUGAUUUCUUGGUUCCGUGUGCUUGCAGGGUUGCUCCUUUGUUUGUGUUGCUUGACUGUUUGUGGGCGUCGUUCCUUGGAGUUUGCAAGCAAUUUUCCAGGUAUAUAUGCACAAUGGCAUCUUCAACAGCUACCUUUGAAUCCAUAGACCAUUCCACUAUUGAUAAUUUGGCAAAAAACCAAGAGUAUGUCCCUACCCCUUUUGCAAUCCAAUCUAUCAAUGCUGGGGAUGACCUUCCUUCAACAUUGCUACAAGUUUUGUCAUUUCAGAAAAUGCAGAACAACACAGAUGAUACUGACAAACAUAAAUUAGUAUUAUCUGAUGGCAAAUACAUGCAGUUGGCAAUCUUGCCUUCUAAAUAUGCUACUCUGAUAGAUUCAAAUAUUCUAAAAAUAGGCACAAUAAUCCAGUUAUCAAGCUAUACAUGCCGAUACAUAUGCAACACAAGGACUAUUGUAAUACUUAGUCUGGAAGUGAAACAAAGUGCUUGCCCAUUCUUUGGAAAACCAGAAUAUCUAUUCAAAGAACAACAACUAGAAAUUAUGUCUGAGGGCAGACCAUCAACAUCUAAACGGUCGCUUCAGUUUGCAACUGAAUUGCCAUCCCCACAAACAACAACUUCUGAAAAUAUAAGUCCUAUAAAAACUUUGAAUCCAUACCAAAAUAAAUGGACAAUCAAAGGGAAAGUUACUCAUAAACGGCCUAUUAAGGCAUAUAGCACAACCACCAAAAAUGGCCAUGUCUUUAGCUUUGACAUUGUUGAUAGUAAUGGUUCUGAAAUUAGAAUUACAUGUUUUGAUGAGAUAGCUAAGUUACACUAUAACCGUGUGGACAUAGGUUCACAUUAUAUUAUUUCAAAAGGAUCUGUUAAGGAGGCAAAUGCAAGGUACAACAAACUAAACAGUCAUUUAGAAAUCACCUUGUCUGAUACAUCCAUAGUAAAACGCUGCACCAACAAAGAACAAGCAGAUCAACAAACUGCUCCUUUCACACCUAUUGGUGAAUUGUUUCAACUAACAAACAAUACACUGGUUGACGUUAUUGGUCUUGUUCUAUAUGUUGGAGAUAUCAUUCCUAUUCACAGGAAAGAUGGUAGUCAAACACAAAAACGUGUUGUAAAAAUUAACGAUCUAUCUGGUUCAACAAUUGACAUCAACUUAUGGGGCCCAAUAGUAGAACAAAACGGUCUGCAAUUGAAAAAUAUGUUGACCAAUGAUAGUGUGGUAAUCCUUGUUUUACGUAAUGCUCGUGUUGGCUAUUUCAAUGGCAAGCUUGUGAACAUAACAACUGCAACAACAUUACAUAUCAACCCAAGUUUCCUAGAAGCAGAGCUUCGAACAUCAAGAGGAAGGGACCCUUUGCUUGCUCUACCCUUUGUUGUAGAAACUAUCCACAUAGAUGACAAAUAUACUAGAAUGACAAUCUCUUCGAUCCGUGAGCGGAUGAGCAUCAAACCAGAAACAAUUCAAACAAUAUUGCUAGCUAUUCUAUGCUAUGUCAACGCCAAUGACCAAAAUUUCUAUUACACAGCUUGCCCACUGAUAUUCAAUGGAAGGCCUUGCAAGAAAAAAUGUACACAACAAGCUGAUGAUUCUUGGUUCUGCUCUAGAUGUCAACUGAGUAUGCAAGACUGUAAUUAUAGUUACAUCUUGCCUCUAAAGUUGCAAGAUGCUACAGGUACUCUAUGGGCCACUGCUUUUGAUGAGGGUGGCAAUCACUUGCUACACAAAACUGCAAGACAGCUCUAUGCACUACAAAACGAUGCAACAACAAAAGAGACACCUUUCUCAGUGAUCAGGACAGUACUCUCACAUUACUAUUCAUUCACAGUGCUGGUUUCUACUGAGACAUACAAUUCAGAAUCCAAGAUGAAAGUGACGGUCAAUAAAGUUGCUCCUGUUGACUUCAAAGCUGAGUGCCAUGCACUACUUGCAGAAAUUAGCCGCUUAAGUACAGACACUUAG